GGAAAAAAUGUAAAUUUUUGUUUUCCAUUUUCUUUUUGUGAAACUGACGGACAAUUGGUAUUUUGCACACAAAUCUGUAAAAUUCGUCACUUUGUUGUCAUUUUUUUGUCAAGUUUAUAAUUCGGCUUCAUUCAUGAGCUGACCUAAAUAAUUAAAUUGAAGCCAAAAAUGAGGCGAAUAAAAUAUUUCUGCGAAUUAUUUUGCGACUUAUGAAACAGUUUAGCUGGAUGUUAAAGGCAGAAUUUUCCGUUCUAGCUAUCAUCUGCAUAUAUUGAAAAAAGAUGUCUUGAUAAAAUUCUCAAGCUGUUAAUUCCCGCGCUGAAUUCAGUCAAGUCUCGGUCGAAGAGAGUGUCCUUGCAAACGUGUGGUCUUCGUCCGCACGACAGACGAUGGCCACAGACUGGGAAGAAAUGCGCAUGAGCCUCCGGACUCCCAACACGCUACGCUUACAAAGACUCGCCGCCAUCUCUGACUUGAUGGACUCCCUACACGGCGCCCUGAGUGGCGUCCGCACAUGCCCCGUGUGCAAAGUGACCGCCCACCUGGGCGGGGGGUCGAGGCAGGUGUGCCCGUACUGCGGCUCCUUCUACAACGCCGCGGCGCACGACGGCGCCCUCGAGGCGUCCCCCAGCCUGCGGGCGGCGACGCUCCCUAAUAUUGAAGGAGAUCGACCCAUUGUAGGUGGCGUCGGUCACUACAUAAAUAGAUUCGGAAACUUCAUCUUCCACGACCACCCUGCCAACGGGCGCCGUGGGUCCAUGGACAGCAACUUCUCGCCGCUGGUCACCCACGUGGACGCCAACGCGACGCUAGCGCACGCGCACCGACGACGCCAGCAAGUCAAGCAUUCCAAAGACAAGAAAGCAGCGAAGAACUCCGAGGAGCAGUCGAGCGCCGACGCUGCGGCCACCGCUACCAGCUCGGGCAGCAGCGUGCCUGACAUCGCUUCCUUCCCGCCCAUCAAUCCCGGCACGGCGAGCAGCGUGCGCUCGUCGCCGUUGUCGCGCGGCCCGUCUCGCCCCCCGAGCGUGCGCUCGAGAGCAGCACGCAGCGCUGAGCGCGCCGUGAGCAGCACGAGCAGCCUUAGGGGCAAGGAGGUGCUCAGGCCCAACUACCCUGCGCUCACCAUCAACCGCGGCACUUUCCUUGAAGACGUGAAGAAGGCGCAUGAGACUAAGCAGUACGGUGACAUGAAGAAGUUUUAUUUCGAAACAUUCGAGUCGUACGCCAAUAUCUGCGCCACGUUUAAGCGCAGUCCUGACAUGGACGGUGCCCAGGCAGACGAUCACGGUCUCAAGACCGAGCUUCUGUACAGCGUGCACGACUCCAUACGUGAAAUGCCGUCAGUCGUACACAAGAACUUUUUGAAGGGGGUAAUCAACUCGAUGCUGCAGGAGAAGCCCAACUUGUUCUCGAAGGACAAGGUGCGAGCGUUGUUUGUUAUCCUGCAGAGCCCCGUGUUCCUGACGCAGUCGUCGUACACGGUGCUGGCUCACGUCCUACGCAGCAUCAUCGAGCUCGAUAAUGGCGACCACCAGCUCCUUGUGUGCUGGUUUAGAACGCUGGAGGUGGCCCGGUUCCGUUUCAUCGUAAGUUUCAUCACGCAGUUCCUAACAGUGCGGCAGUUCCCCCCCCUGGACCGCUCCCUGCCCCCCCUCAACAAGAGCAGAUGGUGGAUACCUACGGCCACCAGAGUGCUCGCCAUACUCUACGCGAGCAACAGCUCCAUACAGCCGCCCCUGAUCUCAUACACGGAGUUCUACAACGACGCCUUGGACCACUUGGACCUAAUACAGGAGUACCGGUCCUGGCAGAUGCCUGAGAAGUACGACACGUUCUCCUACUGCCAGUACCCCUUCAUGCUCUCCAUUGUCGCCAAGAGACACAUUCUCACCAAGGACGCAGAGCAACAGAUGAUAUUGACGGCGCGGCGCUCGCUGGUGGCUAAAGUGUCGCGGCACCAGGCGCCUCAGAUCGACAUCUUCUUCCUGAACAUCAACGUGCGUCGCUCGCACCUCGUCGAGGACUCGCUCAAUGAGAUCACGGCCAAAAAAGCUGACUUGAAGAAGAAGUUGAAGGUGACGUUCGAGGGGGAGCCUGGCCUCGACAUGGGCGGCCUCACGAAAGAAUGGUUCAUUCUGCUCAUCAAACAAAUAUUCAAGCCCGAGAACAAGAUGUUCGUGUACCACCCGUCCAAGAGACUGUACUGGUUCUCGCUAGGCCAGCUCGGCAACCAGCGACACUACAACCUCAUCGGUGUUCUCAUGGGCAUCGCCGUCUAUAAUUCCAUUAUUCUCGACAUCCAUUUCCCUUCCAUCUGUUAUAAGAAGCUGCUGAGUCCUCCCGUGGUGCCAACAAUGCAGGCCUUGCCGGUGGGAAUCGCCAGCAACCCAACGCUGGAAGAUUUCAGAGAAAUUAUGCCGGAGGUGAGCCACGGCCUCAGCGAGCUGCUCAAGUAUGAAGGAGACGUCGAGGAGGACAUGUGCCUCACCUUCCAGGUGAGCUUAGAAGAAUACGGCGAGCCUCGGACGUUUAACCUCAAGGAAAGUGGCGACAAGAUUCCAGUCACGAAUGAGAACAGACAUGAGUUCGUGAGCCUUUACCUGGACUGGAUCUUGAACACGGCCGUGUACGAACAGUUCCAGGCCUUCUACCUCGGGUUCCAUACUGUCUGCGCCUCCAAUGCGCUCAUCAUGCUGCGGCCUGAGGAGGUGGAGAUGUUGGUGUGCGGGAGUCCCACUAUCGACCUGGAGGAGCUCAGGAAAGUCACGGAAUACGAUGGCUAUUCGCGCGACAGUCAGACCAUCAAAUGGUUCUGGGAGAUCCUAGGCGACAUGUCAGUGGCGCAGCAGAAGCAGCUACUGCUGUUCACCACUGGCAGCGACCGCAUCCCUGUGGGGGGCAUGGGUGAGAUGGCCUUCAAGAUAUCCUGCUGGAAGGGCUACACUCACAUGUUGCCCCAGGCACACACAUGCUUCAACCAGCUCGUGCUGCCACCAUAUCCAUCUAAAAAGAUGCUUUACGACAAACUCAUGAUUGCUAUAUCCAACUCCGAAGGUUUUGGGUUAGAGUAAUUCCCCUUAGGGUUUAAAAGAUGCUUUACGACAAACUCAAGUCAUCCCCUUAGGGUUUAAAAGAUGCUUUACGACAAACUCAUGAUUGCUAUAUCCAACUCCGAAGGUUUUGGGUUAGAGUAAUUCCCCUUAGGACUUGGCACUUGCGUUUUACCUGUUGACGAUUACGACUGGUGGCGGGUGGCCAAUUAACUGCCUAAGAAAUUCCGUCCAUACUUUUCAAAAUGGUAUUAUAAUUUACAGGUCCUGUCAUAUACGGUAUUAUCUGGUGUGAUAAUAUCCUGGUUUACAUUCAAAUAUCAUGUUGAAUUUGAGUAGGAUUAGAAAAUUUCUACUUUUUCUGGUUUGUGUGAUAGCCUUUAGAAGUAGAUUAGUAAUAUUGAAUUUUCCACCAGAUUGAAUCAACUAAAUUUCCAUAGUACGUAUUGCAGAUAUAUUAAAGUCAGUGUGUUCCCGAAAUAAACUAUUUCUCACGUACCAUAACUGCUGCACCUGUUCUAUAAUUUACUAUAAAAGUAUUAAAGCAAUUUGAUGUUACAGUGAUUUCGAUUAUAUUUGUUUGUUACCAAUGUAUUCAAAUUUUUUGCCCUAUGAGUAUAUAAAUGGAGCUAUAUUCAUUGUGUCUUUUACAUAAACGCGAACGCGAGUUCUGGCAACAAUUUCAAUCAGCCUAUUUCAAAUGUUCUAAUUUUUGGCUAUUUGCGUCGUCUGGUUGUGCAAAGUUAACUUAUUAUUAGUUUUCAGUAAUGUAUGUGAUACUUCCUACUGAACAAAAUUAAUUCCCGCACAAACGAAGUGCAUCAAAACUUGAUUCAUUGAAAAUUACUUUUCCGAAAAUUCUUCAUGAGUCGACUCAACAUGCUUACCCAAUUAGGUAACAUUGCACAUUUUGAGUGUAUGAACGUUUCACGUUCUUUUCUCACAAAUAUGAGUCAAGAUGUACUAUUCGUCAUUAAUAUGCAACAGAUUCGUCGGCUGAUAUUUAAGAAAAUAUAAAUUACGCACAUGGUUUGUUAAUUCUUGUUGGUAUCCAGCAGGUUAUGUUGCCGAAGCUAUUAAAAUUCAUUUGGUUAGCCGUACAACAAAUUGUUUCCAAACAAAGUUAUAGUCCAUUAAGGAAAGUCAGACGACGAUUGUUUAUAACCAAUAUAAUUCCGCGAGUAAUUGAUACUUAUGCUAAUGAUAUCGUUGAUUAUGUUUCAGAUUAAUAUUAAUUUCUGACGAUUUCCUUUGGACCGCUAAGAAUAACUGCUGUAUGGGGAAGUUUCGUAGAGAAUUUGUUUUGGUUAGAAGUAUGUUGAAAUUUCAUUUCAGUAGUCAGAAACAACUAGUAGUUAUCAAGAUUGGGAUUUAAACGAUUUAAUGUAUUUUGGAAGAGCUAAUUUGAAUAAAAGAGGCUUUC